GUCUUCCCAGCCGAAUCGCACCCACGACUGUCCAUAAUGACGCCUACCCGGUUGCUGCUCGGAUCCGUGGCUUCCAGCAUGGUCGGAUUCUCUCUCGGAGCUCUCCAGGGCGGCCAGAUGGCACAGCUGCGGUUCCGGGCAGAACAUGCUCACAAGAUGCCUGACACGACGGCCGGAUGGUACCUCUAUCACAAGUCCAAGAACUACCACGCCAUGCAGGGUGGCAUCCGCGAGGGCUUCCGCAUGGGCUUCAAGACGGGCAUCUGGAGCCUGGUGGCUCUCUCGCUGGAGAGCACCGUGGACCGCUAUCGGGGGAGCAGCGACAUGUUUUCGACAGUCAUUGCGACGCUGACCGUCGCUGGCGCUUUUUCUCUCUGGCAUCGAUUCUCGCUUUCGACCGCUGCGCGCACCGCAAAGUACGGGCUUGUAUUUGGACUGGCGUAUGGAGGCGUCCAGGAUUUGGUGGGCUUAGCCCGCGGCAGACCGAUUGGCUAUGUGGAGAUGAUC